AUGGCAAAACGCGGAUGAAUUUAAAUACAUCAAAUGAGAAUAAUCCUUUAUAAGAAUUAAAAUUGACUGAAGCAAACGUGAGUUCUUCAUGUUUUUAUUGAAAACAACGUAGUGCUGACGCCGUACGACGCCGUACGACAUCGGUUUUUCGCUUUCCAAAUAAGGUGUGCGCGCUCCCGCGGCAGGGGAAACAAAAUCUCACGGGGGAACCAAAUCAAGCACAGUACGAACAAAAAGUGACAGUGGAGGAUGGCUUGACUGUCUUUUCAAGUGGAAGCUUUCCUGAUAGCAUUUUGGAGUUUAUUUGUCUUAGAGUCGUCUUUUCAGUACAUGAUUGACAUGAAGAAAGACAUUGAGACAUUAAUAGCAGAGGAAAGAGCUGACAUCAUUUUAAAAUAUGCCACGUGACGAUGAGCUGCCUGCACCAACUGCUAAUGAAGAAAAGUUGAAGCAACUAGCGGUGGUGAGAGCAGAGAAGUGGUUGAGGAUGGUGAAGAAGUGGGAUAAAUACAAAAACAGUGACCGAAUGGUGAAACAGGUGUACAAAGGCAUCCCUAUGCAGCUUAGAGGUCGUGUCUGGUGUCUGCUGUUGGAUGUGGAGGACAUCAAGAAGCUCAAUGAGGGUAAAUAUGAGAAAAUGAAGGAGCAAGCCAAACUCCACUCAUCUGAGAUCAAACAGAUUGACCUUGACAUCAACAGGACCUUCCGCAAUCAUGUCAUGUUCAUGGAUCGAUUUGGAGUCAAACAGCAGUCUCUCUUCAAUGUUCUGUCGGCGUAUUCAGCCUACAACACAGAGGUGAGCUAUUGCCAGGGCAUGAGUCAGAUCAGUGCACUGCUGCUCAUGUACAUGAAUGAGGAAGACGCUUUCUGGGCUCUGACACAGCUACUGGCGAACCAGAAACACGCCAUGCAUGGAUUUUUUAUUCCUGGGUUCCCCAAACUUCAGCGAUUCCAAGCACAUCAUGACCAGAUCAUUUCCAAACUCAUUCCGAAAUUAAAAAAACACAUGGACAAAGAACAGAUGUCUGCAGGGAUUUACAGUACUAAAUGGUUCUUACAGUGUUUCAUUGAUAGGACACCGUUUACUUUGACCCUACGCCUAUGGGAUGUUUUCAUUCUGGAGGGAGAGAGGCUCCUCACCGCCAUGUCUUACACCAUCUUGAAGAUACACAAGAAGCAUCUCAUGAUGAUGUCUUUGGAGGAGCUUCGAGAAUUCCUGCUCGAGCGAAUUGCUCAGACCUUUUUUUACAGUGACGACAUAGUCAUUGAACAAACGGCCUCUAUGACUGAAUUACGAAAGAUGAAGCUGGAUUUUCCUCCCCCAGGGAAGCCUGAAGAGUUACCACGUAAGCCUUUAGGCCAGGAGCUGCCAUUGCUCCUGAGUCCACUGGAGCCAUCCAGAGGAAAGCGCUCCUCAGCCAGUGGUUGUCCUAAAGCAGGACUCAGCUUCCACAUCAUAUCCAACCAGCCAGAUUCCAUAUCCCCCGACCAGACUCUUUGCAAAGAUAUCAACGAUCUGCAUUCUGUUAAUGAUGAGGAGGUUCCGCUUCCUUCCCCAGAUCCCGUUAUUAUCCACAACCAGGCCUUGCACAACUCAGAUGAAUUCCCACUUACCAGGCCACCGCCUUACCAGCCCCCAGAGAGCCUAGCACCCAGAACUGCUGCUCAGCUCUCGCAGUCUUAUGAGUGGAGGGUUGAGGUGCAAGCUGAUGACUCAGGGCUCCCAGAUUUACACUCGACAGACAACCUCACUCCUGUGAACAUUAGCCCUGAGGGAUCCUCCAGCAAGGUCCUGAGGACACUAUCAGCCCCCUUAAGUCUUGCUCAGUCAUAAAGUGAGACGGCAACAGAAAUAGAAAAAUGUACUUUCCUAGGCCAGCUGUCGGAGUCUCUGUCUUCCAAUGGGACCCUGAGCCAGGACCACCCCUGAAGACUUGAUGAAAAUGCUCAUUGUAUGUUCAAUACCAGCCCAAUAUUGUUACUCUCCAUGAACAUUAAAUUUUGACUGCCUUGUCCAAA